AUUCACAGCCUGCUCUAUCCAUAGUCAAAGGAAAGAUCAGUUUCUCUGCCUUGAGUAGCAGAGUCGUGGUGAGAACAUUCAAAGAGAAGAAAGUGAACUGCGAGGAAGUGGGACAGAGGAACGGUCCAGAAACGCAUGGAGUGCAGAGGAGUCUAUAGUUUUUAGAGAGGGGAAAGGAAAUUCAGAAGACCCCUUGCUUUUCCUGAGCAAAGGUGAAGCCAGCUCUGACAACUCAUCACUUGAUCUGAAGACCGUGUAACAGAGGCAGGAGAUUUUGCAACUCAAAAAUGCAGAAACAGCAAGAACAGUGUCAGAUAUUUGCAGUUCUCAUCUUCACAUUUAUUUUCCUGCUGGCAGCGGUGAGCACUACCGAGGCUGGCAAAAAAGAAAAAAUAGAGAAGAAGGUGAAGAAAUCUGAUUGUGGAGAAUGGCAAUGGAGUGUCUGUGUUCCUACAAGUGGAGAUUGUGGCCUUGGGACCCGUGAGGGCACUCGGACUGGAAUUGAUUGUAAGCAGACAAUGAAGACCCAAAGAUGUAAGAUUCCCUGCAACUGGAAGAAGCAAUUUGGAGCGGAAUGUAAAUAUCAGUUCCAGGCGUGGGGAGAGUGUGAUCUAAACACUGCUCUGAAGACUCGAACUGGAAAUCUAAAACGAGCUUUGCACAAUGCGGACUGCCAGAAGACGGUUACCAUUUCAAAGCCUUGUGGGAAGCUUAUCAAACCCAAACCUCAAGAACCCAAGAAAAAGAAAAAAGAAGGCAAGAAACAAGAGAAGCCACUGGAAUAGGGAAGCUAUGCUGGCCAUGAGAAUGGGACUUCCUUGAAUGUAAUUGGUUAACAAGUUUCAUUGACACCUAGUCCUUUUAUCCAGAAGUUAUUUAUAGCUUAAUUGUACAAUAGGGAAAAAUAAGCAUACAAAGGCACCCUCCUUUCUCUCUCUCUCUCUCUCUCUCUUUUUUACUCCACUGUUAAAAGUUCUCCAACUUGUUGAUCUUCCAAUGAGUCAGACUACAACUGUCACCCAUUGUCUUUCCAGCUGGGCAUGAUGGGAGUUGUAAUGCAACACACCUGGAAUGAUCCAAGUUGGGAAACGUUGAUAUUCUAGUAUUUUAAAUGUGUAAUCUUAGUGGCAUGUGUAGAAAACUUCAGUAAAGGCAGCAAUAUCAUUUAGUA